UGCGUGUCUGGCGUUCUUCCCUAUUGGCAAAUCUACUCUUUUGGCACCGUGCCAUAUGAGCCCCGUCCUGGGUCUUUCAUUUUCUUGCUGGUGUGAUUCUUGCUACAUUAACCCCCGUCAAGUGGCAGAGCUAAUCGAUAUUCAAGCGCUGGUUCCCCGGCGGCGUGAGAGCAAGACAGGAUAACGCAACCGAGUGUAAGACGCAAACCGGCGGAGGAAGGAUUGUCUGACCAAAAAUUUUGGACAGGAUACACACCGAAGCGUCGGUGCAACACACCGGGCCGUGCCGAUCCGUGUGUGGUUGUGUGUGAAAGUGGUGCGGUGCAAAGUUUACGGCUUCCGGUUAUUUCCAGUACGUGACGCUGUAAAUGUCGCAACCAACAGAUAGGUCUAGAAGUAUAUUGAUGCAUCAUUAGGGCGGACAAACGAAACAAAACAAAAACCAAACCUCACAACAACAACAUCAUUAUUAUUUAUUGGAGCUUCCACAACAAGUGAGUUUUUGUGUCAACCAGCGGCCAGUUCUGCGUGUGGUAUCGAUUCAACGGGGGACAUCAUACAAGAUCCGCUGUAAGAGAUAGAGUACACUGAAACGGUUUAUCGACGGUACAGGGGCAGUGCCGGUUGUCAAGUGUCUGCCAGUUCGAGGGUUGUCCGAUAACAAAUCGCAAAGCAACUCGGACCGACCGAUGGCGUCACAGAAAAGUUCCACCACACCGGCCCUGGCGGUAACGAACCGUAUCCUGCGCUCACCGUCCCACGAAAGCUUCUCCACCGAUCUGUCGCUAAUAUCGAUUUCCGUGUCGUCAAUGAAUUCGGAAGCGACCAGCGUACUGAACCGGUCCAGCUGCAGUUUGCUGAAUCGCACGAUGGAGGAAAAACUUGGCAGUCUGCUGAACCCUAAGGAUAGCAAAAGAAAUCGCUCCUCGACGCUGACCGAGCGUUGGAACGAGAGCAACGAUCUCAUACGGAACUGUGCCACACUGUCGGCCGCGCUGGGCAUCCACAAAAGCUUCAGCACUACCGACAUCUACCAGCUGCCCUCCGAUCAGCACAAUCUCGGCCGGCUGUCCACAUCCGAGCUGGCACUAACACCGUUCCAGAAGGUCGGCUAUCUGUUCGACCAUUCCCGGCUGGAGCACGCGUCCCGCUCCUACUCGACCUGGGUGGCGGUGGGUGAGUUGGCAUCCACCUCCCAGCUACCGUCACCGCACGGUGGCCAAACGUCACAAGUGCCGACACUGACCAGCACCAGCAACCCGGCACCGAGCUUCACCGUCACGGAUCUGAUCAGCUCGGUAAACAAGAAGAUACGCCAGAACUACAUCCGGCGGCGUCUGUUCACGACGUACCGUGCGCUGGAACGGCUAUCGCAGAGCGAGUUCAAUCUCGAUCGGCUGGAGGCGGCCGCAUUCGCCGCGACCAAUCCCGGCCCGACGGAGCUGAUCGUACCGUCCACGAGCAUGUCCAAUGCGUCCGCGUCACCGGUGGGCGGAAAGUCCACCAGCUCACCGGCGCCGAUCGGUGAGGGAAGCGCGACGGCGGUGCCCGAGCACGGUGCAGCGUCGCUGGCGUUGAAAAAGUCCAGCAGCGGAACAGCAGCGGGCGGCAGCAGCAAUCCACGGGCACACCACGGCCCGAAGAAGCAUCUCACCUUUCACGACAUUGAGAACGAGCGUGGCAAACCACUGUCCAAGUACGAGCGUCACAUGCUUAUCUUUAACUGGUUGCACACCAUCGACGACACGGCGCUUGAGAUCGAAAACUGAUCUCCACAGGACGAUCUGCGCACUGAACUCCGCACCAUGCGGGGCGAUCGCACCGGUGGAAUGAAUUGAGAGAUCGCUUCUUUGCUUUCCAAACCAAAGAAAGGAUGUGUGGAGGAUAUUAACUCCCCCCCUCCACACACACACACGCACCGAAGUGAGAAACAAACAAGUGCACAAAGAAAUUUAUUUACACCACACCGUUAUGCGCACUCGAGCGAAAGCUAUACACAUACACCCAUACAAAUUGUCGUCCUGCUUUUAUACCCCAGUCACGAAGUGCAUUGUUCUUGUAGGUUAUUGAAGCGUACGCGUGUCUCGUUCUGUUAAGUGUCGUAAGCUAUACGUUCUAUCGCACGUCGCAUCAAAAAUAUGCCACCAACGUGUGCAGCAAUCAGUGGAAUACCUCUCCCCCGGUAAUGGAUAGAUAUUUUUGAUAAAAAUAAGUGUCACCACCUGUCCGCAUUAUUUUCAAACACGCUAUCUUAACAAUUUUAAUUCAUUUUGCAGUAACGUACUUUAUCUGCCUUGGUUGGAAAAGGAUAUGAGUUCUGUAUUCGAUAACUAUCAAUCAUCACUGAGCCAUUACAUACAUGUAGAGCGAAAUGCGAUAGAGACUGCUUCAAUUAAGGGAAUUCAUUUCUCGUGCUGUUGUGUACGAUCGGUUUUGCGAUCGAUCAUAUAGCAUCAUGCCAGCAAAAAAAACAGGUCUAGAAACGAUAACGGUUGUAAUGCCAAAUAAGAUGGUACACGAGCAGCAAGCAGGUGGAACUAUAGGAUAGCGCAUAUGCCAAUUAUCUAAUCGAACAGUUCAAACCCCAUUCCCUCGGUGACUGUGACCACCAACGGUCCACCAACCCUGACUCCAGAUGGAUUUGUGCAAGCUAAGGCUUUGUUCAGAUGAGAGGUUCCUCGUUUUGAGUGCAUCAAAUCAAAGCAUCGACCACUUCCAACGCUUUACUAUUACAUUCCCAUUACUCUGGUUUAAUUUUGAUCUUUUACUGUACAGUUACUUCAGAGCUAUUGUUUCGGGGUCAUUACGUUAUCGUUAGGCAGGCUCUCUCUUCAAUUCUGGAAGGCUUUGUGAGGUCACCGGUUUCAGCAUGUUACACCGUGAUCAAUAAGUUCAUAUUCUGUUCUGAUAUUGUUGUCAGUUUUAGCUACACAUCUUCUUUCUUUUAUUCGUACAACAACCAAUUGAAGAGGUCUAAAAAAG